CGCUAGGCUAGACGCUAGUGAAAGGGAGAACAGCACAGUUGGCAACCCAGCCCAUAGGAAGUGAGAAGGGAAUGAGUAACACACAAUGUUGGAAGUGCUCUCAGACGUGUGCGCAAGAUAAAACGCUAGCCGGGCGGCGUGGGCGGCGCCGCGGAGCGGGAUGGUAGAGGCCGUUAGGUCGGGGUGCAGUCCUGGUCAGAAAAGACCGGGAGCAGUGGUAGCCGGACCUUUUGGGGACUGGGUGGACCACAAGGUUCUGCGCAUCUAGCUCGGGGGUCCUUGCUCCCCUUCCGGUACCUCCCCAGUAGGCCGGAACUAUAGUGUCCUACCCUCUAGUUUGGUGCCGGAAGGGAAAAACAGAAGGACUGACACGGGAAGAGUGGAGAACCGGACGAUGAGGAGAGGCGGACUCCUAGCCGGAAGUCACGCUAAAGCUUUGGAGAGGUGAGCCGUCGCAAUUUGGCGGGUGGGACGUCCCGAAUGUGGGAAGGCGACAGAGCUCUGGCAGGUGGAAUUGGGCUGUUUGCUGUAGCUUCCUCUCCUGGCUAGCCAGGGAGAAUUUUACAUUUUGACUUUAUCUUACCAUGGCAUUGGUUCAAAAAUUGCUGAAUGGCACCUACAUUCUCAGAAAAUGCCCAAAGGCAAGUGCUGCCUUCUGUCCAUCUUUGAGCUUUCGGGUUGCAGACUAUUGUUCGAGUAGUCUUCAGAAGUCGGGGCCUGCUGCCAAGAAAGGCUCUUGGCUGAGGAAGUCUGAAGGGGGCUUGCAAGGACGUCAUCAGGAGGAAGUUGCUGUGGAUCUACCUUCUCCUGAGGAGAAGCCUGAGGUUAGCUUUGACAGAGCGAUUGAAGAUGAAGUAAAGGACCAUUUUAAGCGUUUGAAGGAUGAAAUUGUGAAUCACUGGAUCGGGCCAGAAGGCCGCCCGCUGCAUGAAGUCAUGAUGGAACAAGCCAAGGUUGUCUGGCAGUUUCGUGGGAAAGAAGAUUUGGAUAAGUGGGUAGUGACUUCUGAUAAGACGAUAGGAGGCAGAAGUGAAGUGUUCUUGAAAAUGGGCAAGAAUAACCAAAGUGCACUGCUCUACGGAACUCUGAGCUCCGAGGCACCUCAGGAUGGGGAGAGUGGCCGGAGUGGGUACUGUGCAAUGAUAUCUAGGAUUCCAAGGGGCUUCUUUGAGAGGAAGAAAACCUAUGAUUGGUCCCAGUUCAACACACUGUAUCUCCGAGUCCGUGGGGAUGGCCGGCCUUGGAUGGUGAAUAUCAGAGAGGAUACGGAUUUAAUCCAGAGGAAGAAUCAGAUGUACAGUUACUUCAUGUUCACUCGUGGGGGGCCCUACUGGCAGAAUAUCAAGAUUCCAUUCUCCAAAUUUUUCUUCUCAAAUCAAGGAAGAGUCCGGGAUGUCCAGCACCAGCUGCUUCUUGACAAGAUCUCUUCUAUAGGAUUCACCCUGGCUGAUAAAGUGGAUGGUCCAUUCUUCCUGGAAAUAGAUUUUAUUGGAGUGUUCACUGAUCCAGCCCACACAGAAGAAUUUGCUUAUGAAAAUUCUCCAGAGCUUAGCCCAAGACUUUUUAAAUAGAGAAUAUCGUGUGGCAGUUUUAUUUAUUCAGCUGAGAGCAGUAUCAUCCACAGUGAUACAGACAAAAUAAAGUAUUUUGAAUGGCAUCCAA